AUGCUCCUCCUAGAAGUCGAACGUAAAUUCUGCCACCUGGCAGUUGACAAGCUCCACCUCACCAGCGGCCACCCACCUUUCCACCGCCUCCUCUACCGCGGCACGCAAACCUUCCACGAUAUCUACUAUGACUCGGACGACUUCCUCUCCACCAGAGGCGUCUGGGUCCGCCAACGCAACAACACCUGGCAGGCCAAGAUCCGACGCGGCGGGGACUACUCCAACUCCAAGUUCGAGGAGCUCUCCACGCCUGCUUCCAUCUCUGCUUACCUGGCCGAGCUCACGGGCGGAACGAGAACCGACGCGACGAACCAGUUUGGGUUGAACGCCGAUGGCGAUGUCACGGACUUGGGGCAUACCGUCGGGGAGGUGGAGCUGGAAUUGCGGUGGGACUGCAGGGAUGAUCGGCCUAAGAUUGAUGUGGAACGGCGCAGAGCGGCGAAGAUGGCGGAGAUGGAUGAGAGGAUUAUGGUGUUUAUGAGGCGGUAUCACUGGGCGUUCUGCGCGGGUGUGCCCAAGGGGAAGUUGACGGCUUACUUCGAGAGAGGAGUGGGGAAGGACAGCUGGUCAUAA